GGCUUGCAGAAUCGGAAGGAGGGAGACAGGGAGGGAAGGAGGGAAGGAGGAAGACAGGGAGGGAAGGAGCUGGCGGCCCCGCCCCAGGCCCCGCCCAGCCCGAAGAAGGAGGGCUGACUUUUCCGCCCGGGGGACUCGGCAGCAGGCAGGACGGGGGUGCCCUUCCCUUCCUGUGAAGCUCGAGCAGCCCCACGCAAGCCCAGCCGCCGCUCACCAAGAAUGGCAAUCCCUCCGACCCACUACCCGGCCUCCAGGGCGGCCUCGGUGGUAGAGAGCUGCAUCAACUACCAGCAGGGCAGCCCCCACAAGGUGUUUCUGGUGCAGACAGUCAAACAAGCCAGCCUGCAGGAUAUUCCGGGAAGAGGACGAAAGUAUUGCCUUAAAUUUUCUGUGGAAGAAAUUAUCCAAAAACAAGUUACAGUGAAUUGCACAGCUGAAGUACUGUACCCUCCAAUGGGACAAGAUACCGCACCAGAAGUCAACUUCACAUUUGAAGGAGAAAUUGGAAAGAACCCAGAUGAGGAAGAUAACACAUUUUAUCAUAGACUCAAGUCUAUGAAGGAACCACUAGAAGCACAAAAUAUUCCAGACAGUUUUGGAAAUGUACCUCAAGAAAUGAAGCCAGUUCAACAUUUAGCCUGGGUUGCCUGUGGUUAUAUAAUAUGGCAAAAUUCCACUGAAAAUACAUGGUAUAAAAUGGCAAAAAUUCAAACUGUCAAGCAAGUGCAAAGAAAUGAUGACUUCAUUGAGUUAGACUACACCAUUCUACUUCAUGACAUUGCAUCUCAGGAGAUUAUUCCUUGGCAAAUGCAAGUUCUCUGGCAUCCACAAUAUGGUACUAAAGUAAAACAUAAUAGCCGUCUACCAAAGGAAGCACAAUUGGAAUAAAUGAAGACUGUAACAUUCGAUGAAGUAUAAACAUGCUUAUUAAUGAUGUGUAUACCAGUCUCCAUUGAUAUCUAGCUUAAAGGGUCAGACAAAUCUCGUAAGUGUCCCUUUGUAUAAACGGCCUGAACUACAGAACUAUAUAGCUUCCAUAAUAAAGAGCAUCACAAUGUAAAAGUGUCUUAUCAACAGUAAUAGUGCUAUGUAUAUCCCCUAAUAAAAAGCUUUAAAUUCCA